AUGGUGACACCUCCCCGAGAUGACAGCCGCACUACAGGAGCUUGUAGCCUGCCCAUAUCGAGACAUGUCAAAUUUUGGAAAUUACAUCUUUCAAUGCUACCAGCUCCUUAUGUUCGUGGCGAUGACCAAAGGAUGACAUUUGCCUACUUUUGUCUUGGAGCACUGGAUCUACUUCAACAGCUUGACACAGUCGUCAGUCAAAGUGACAGGGAAGCUUACACUUCCUGGGUCUACGGACAGCAAAUCUCUUCCGAGCUUGGUGGAGGAUUUCGCGGUUCUCCAGCAGCAUGCAGAGGUCAUAUUACUAUGACAUACACAGCCCUACUUAUUCUCGCUAUACUGCGCGAUGACUUUUCACGCUUGGAUCGUGAAGCUUUGCGAACUCACAUUUCGCAAUUGCAGCAGCCGGAUGGGAGCUUUGCCUGCGCUCAAGAUUCCCCGGAGAAAGAUGUCCGCUUUAGUUAUUGUGCAUUCGCUAUUGCAUAUAUGCUUCAUGAUUGGAGUAUGAUGGACAAACAAGCCGCGAUCCAGUACUUGCUGCGGUGUCAGCAUUAUGAGUCAGCUUUUGCCCAAGAACCAGGCCUAGAGUCUCAUGCGGGCUCUACUUAUUGUGUGGUUGCCGCGCUUUGCCUGGCAGACAACCUGAACCGGAUUCCAUGCCAGCCUGCCUUAGAGCGAUGGGUCCUUUCGCGGCAAUGCCAGGGUAGUGGGUUUCAGGGCCGUCCAGAAAAAGAGCCUGACACGUGCUAUUCGUUUUGGUGCGGCGCUAGUGCCAAGAUACUUGGAUGCCACGACAAGAUUGACGGUAUGUCUGAUGUUAAUUGGAUACUGUCUGCUGCUUCGCCAAUGGGUGGGAUUGCCAAAGUACCCAGUGAGAUGCCCGAUAUUUUGCAUUCAUACUUGUCGAUUGUUGCUCUCGCAAUGCAUGCAGAAGAUGGUGUAUGGGCACAAGAUGCACCUUUUGCUCGUGCGAGUGGCGCCUUGAAUCUAAGUUAUGCGUCAUUAAAUUGGAUCUAUGCUCAUUUGUGGUCUGCACCUCCAGAGGAACUUAUACCAUAG